AUGCACGGUGACAAGUUCCAGCAGCAGCUGCUGCAGCAGCAGCAAAGACUGCUGCGGCAGCAGUGGCAGCAACAAUGCCAGCCACAGCAACCUCAGCCGCCUCCCCCACCGCCUCCGCUGCAGCAGCAGCAGCAGCAGCAGCAAAGCGGACAAAGGAUGCAACAGCAUCUGCCUCAUGCGAUGCAGCAGCCGCAGCAACAGAUGGUUUGGGAACAACAGCAACUACGGUUGCAUCAGCAGCUGCAGCAACAGCACCAAGUACAGCAGCAGCUGCACCAGCAUCAGCAAGUACAGCAGCAGCAGCUGCACCAGCAGCAGCAAGUGCAGCAGCAGCAGCUGCUCCAGCAGCAGCAAGUGCAACAGCAGCGGUGCCAGCCACAGCAACCAGCAACAGUGCCACCAAUGCAACGGCCUCCAACGCUGCAGCAGCAGCCUCCGCCGUGGCAGCAGCAGCAACAACAGCUACUGCAGCGCGUUCCCCCUCAGCAGCAGCCUCAGUCGCACUUCAACCUUCUGCAGCAAGGCCAGCAGCAGCAGCGGCAGCCAAACCUGCAGCAGCAGCAGACAGUGCAACAGCAGUCUGAGCGGCAGAAGCUCAGCUCACACAGCCUUCCAGGCGCCGCGUACUCACAGCAGCUGCAGCAGCAGCAGCAGCAGCAGCAUCACAGGCACAGGUCCCUGACAGCGCACACUGAAGAAGCUGCUACAGCAGCAGCAGCAGCAGCAGCGGCAUGCGAGUCUCAGCACCUGCCACAGCAACUGCGCUUACAGCAGCUGCAGCAGCAGAGACUGCAGCAGCUGUCUGGCGCCCCGUCGAUCCCCCCCGGAUUGCCUGGAGUGCAGCAGCAGCAGCAGCAGCACGCUCUCCAGCAGAAACUGCACCAGCAGCAGAUGCUGCUCCACGCUAACGCUCCUCCAGGUCUUCCUCGCGGUUUCGAAGCUCAAGUUGCUGCUCAACCCACGCAGCAGCAGCGGCUGCAGAAGCAGCUGCAGCUGCAGCAGCAGCGACAGCAGCAGACUGAACUGCAGCAGCUCUACAAGCAGCAGCAGCUGCAGCAGCAGCUACAGCAGCAGAAGCGCGCAGAACUUCCAGCGGCACAGACAGCUGCUGCUGCUGACGCGUCUGGCACGUAUGCGUCCUAUGCAUCCCAGCAGCAAAAAAUACUGGAGCAGCAGCAGCAGCAGCAGCACGAGACUUGCGACAGCCUCCCACCGUGGCAGCGCCGUAACCUGCAGCAGGAGAGGCAGCCCAUGUUGCAGCAACAACAGCAGCAGCUACAACUACAGCACAGCCAACAGGAACAAGCUCGGCAGCAGCAGCAGCAGCUGCAGCUGCAGCACAGCCAACAAGAGCAAGCAACGCAGCAGCAAAAGAAACAGCAGCAGCAGUUGCUGCAGCAGCAGCAAAUGUUUACAAGGCACGAGCCCAUUGGGGGCCCCACAACCCCUGGGCCGCCCCCGGGGCUGCUGCCGCUGCCGGAAGGUCCAGACAUGCAGCAGCCAGUGCAGUCGGCACCGCAGCAGCAGCAGCAAAAGCAGCAGCAGCAUGUGCAGCAGCAGCUGAUGCAGAAGCAACUGCAGCAGCAGCUGCAACAGCAACAGCGCCGCCAGCAGCAACGUAUACAGCAGAAGCAGCUGCAGCAGCAGCAGCUGCAGCAGCAGCAGCUUCAGCAGCAACAGCUGCACGACCAGCAACUACAACAGCAGCAGCUACAGCAGCAGCAGCUACAACAGCAACAGGUGCAGCAGCAACAGCAGCAGGUGCUGCAGCGUGUUGCUCGGCCUGUAUGCGCUUCUGCGGCGGGUUCGAAAGCAGUUGGGGAGUCUCAGCUUCAAGGAAAAGAGCAGCAGAAGCAACAGUCACAGCAGCUGCUGAGCCAACAGCCAUGCAGCAGCAGCAGCAGCAGCAGCACGUCCAGCCGGAGCGCCUGCAGCGUGCUGGUGUCCGCAGUGCACUACCUGCUGCCUCUGCUGCUGCAGCAGAACCCGAAGGCGCAGCAAGAGGCUUUGCAGCUGCUGCUUUCGCUGUUGUCCUACGCUGCCGUGCAGGGUGUCACUCCCCUCAAGCAGCAGCAGCAGCAGCAGCAGCAGCAGCAACAGCAGCAGCAAGUGGACCUGAAGGCCUGCACGGACCUCACAGAAGAACUGAGAGGUGUUUAUGUCCACCUGCUGGCCUCAGCACUUCUCACGCAUGCAGACACCGGCACGCGGCUUGCUGCGGCUCGCCUGUGGGCUGCUGCUGCUGCUGUUGCCUCGCAGCUCAGCACCGUCGCCAGCCGUGCGCUGCAGCAGCAGCAGCAGCAGCAGCAGCAAGAGCUGGGACAGUCCUUGAAGCAGCGCUGCCAAGCCUUGAUGAGGGUCGCGGCCGUGGGGCUUUCUUACAUGAGCUCUGACGGCUGCGUCUCCAUGCGCGUGGGGGCGCUGCGGGGCUUGCUGCCUCUUGCUGCAGCAGGAGUGAUACAGGAAGAAGAGACAGUCUCUGCGCUGCAGCGCGACAGCUUCCCUCCUGCUGCUGCACAUCCUUUGGUGUCUCUGCAGCGGCAGGCUUUGGCGGUGUCUGCUGCUGCUUCCCCCCGCCAGGUCGCAGCAGCCGCAGCAGCAGCAGCUGCAGGCGUUGCACCAGGCGCUGCAGCAGGCGCUGCUGCUGCUUCUGGGGAGCCUGUGGCAGCGGUGGCGGCGGCCGUGGAGAUGCAGCAGCAGCAGCAGCAGCGUGAGCUGCAGCAGCUGGGGGCCCGGCUGCUGCAGCGCGUGUUUGGCCUCCCCAUCUGCUGCGGGUUCCUGCUGCUGUGCCUGGACGACCAAGCUGAGCCUGUGCGCGUUGCUGCUGCAGAGCUGCUGCUCCUGCUGCUGCAUGCGCUGCGGCAGCGGGGAGACUGCAGCAAACUGUCGCUGCUGCUGCAGUCCCUGCUGUGGGACUUGGUGGGGGACCCUUCACUGCAGGUGCAGCGAUUUGUUGCUGCUGCUGCUGUCGAACUUUCCCGUGUCUCUCCGCUGCGAGACGGGGCCCUGCGGCGCGCUGUGUCUCCUUUGCUGCACGAGCGCAGCAAGGCCACGCGGCUGCUGCUGCUGCAGAUGCUGAGCUGCUGCUCCGUGCGCAACUCGCGGGCGGCGAAGGCCGCGCUGCAGGGCUUGCUGCUGCUGCUGCCCGCCUCCCGCAGCAGCAGCAGCAGCAGCAGCAGCAGCGGGGCUGCAUGCGUCGUCACCUGCAUCGCAAGCAUCGCGCGACUCUAUGCAGGAGCAGACAGACAAGACACAUUUAGGGUUUUAGCAGAUCCCCACUGCCGGUCUUCAGUGCGCUGGGGGCCCCCGGGGCCCCUCAGCCUGCGGGAGAUUCUGCUGCGGCUGUUUGUCUGUGCUGCUGCAAGCCCUCCAGCCAUUCAGCGAAUGAAAGACGCAGCAGUAGCAGCAGUUGCUGCUGCUGCUGACGCUGCGGCUGCAGCAGCCAGCAGGGAUGCAGCAGGUGCAGGCGGAGUCACAAGCAAGAAGCGCACCGGCAGCAAUCUAGGCGGUGGCCAGCCGCUGCAGCAGCAGCAGCAGGCGCUGCUGCUGCUUCAGAAAUUGCAGCAGCAGCUCCUGCUUCAGCUGGAAUCGUUUGGGUCUCUCGAUGCCGCCCGCGUGGCUUGGGGGGCUCGUGCUGCAGCUUCGUUUCCCCUGGAUGUGCAGCAGCAGCAGCAGCUCUUGCUGCUGCUGUUUCCGGGCCUGGAAGGGCUGCAGCAAAGCCUGAGUCUCAUAGCGCUCACCUUAACUGCCCAAAGAGGGCUGCUGGCCCGCGCAGAGCAUUUGAGGCGCGGGCCAUCAAACCUGCAGCAGCAGCAGCAGCAGCAGCAGCAGAAGCAAGGCCCAUUGUUCCCCCAGCUGCCUACGAACGCCCGCACUGGCGCCCCGGGACGGGUGGCAUCUCCAGUACCAUUUCUGCCGGCAGCCCGCCCGCCUUGCCGCAGCAGCAGCAGCAGCAGCAGGCUCUGCAGCAGCAGCAGCAGCAGCCGCGGAGACGAGAGCCGCGGCAGCGACGCCAGCACUAUGGAUGUUGAAAGUGGCGGAGCAGCCAGCAGGGAGGCCUUUGCCCUUGCUGAGCGGCUGUGGCCCCUGAUGGGUUCCCCGAAUUGCUGCUGCAGCAGCAGCAGCAGCGAGUCUCCCUGCAGCAGAAACUGCACCAUCUGCAGCGGCAAGUGGCUCUGCAGCCCAGAGGCAUGGCUGCUGCUGCACCAGGACAUCCCCUGCCGCUCCUCUGCGCUGCUGCAGUCUCUGCGUGCUGCUGCUGCUCUGUGCAGGAGCAGCACACUCGCGAGGAGCAGCAUUUGCAGCAGCAGCGGCACAGACAGCAGCAGCAGCAGCAGUAGGCCUGCACCAGAGAUGCCGCCGGCAGUGUGGAUGACAGAGCCCUUGCUGCAUGCUCUGCAGCUGCUCCCCCAAGCUGCUGCAGCGCCUGGCGGAGAGCAGCAGCAGCAGCAGCAGCACCACAAUCGAGCUGCUGCAGACACCCCGGGGAAACGCAAAGUGGGCUGGUAUGGGACAGCUCGAGAGCCUGCAGCAGCAGAGCAGCAGCUGCAGUGGAAGCGGCCGUGCCCCUACCCAGCAGCAGUGGCACGGGCGGCAGGAGCAGCAGCAGCAACGGAAGCAGCAGCAGCAGCUGGCCCUGCUGCGGCGCUGCCUUCUGCAGGGGACCCUGCGUCUGCAGCAGCACCUUUCGCGGUAGCAGCAGCGUCAGCAGCAGCAGAAGAUACUGCCACCAGCAACAGCCCUGCUGCUGCUGCUGCUGCUUUAACGCAGUCCAUCAGAAAGGUUCACGGAAGCCGAGCGGCCCUUUACUGGGCUGCUGGAGAAACAGAAGUUGCUGCGGUGUGGUUGCUGCAGGAGCUGCAUGCUGCUGCUGCUGCUGCUGCUGCUAGUGCUGCUGCUGCCACGGCUCCUGUGGCACUGCAUGUCCGUCGCGGGGCUGCGAGCGCAGCAGACGAUGAGGACGACAGCAGCGCAGCAGCAGCAGGAGGCAGCAGCAGGCGCAACAGCAGCAGCUACACGGGCCUCCCAGCAGCAACCCAAACGCAGCUAGACUGCCGCCCGCCCCGCCUGCGUUUGCUGCUGCGGAUGCUGCAGCCCAGUGCUGCUGUUCGUGCUGCUGCGCGCAUCUCUGCUGCAGCAACGCUGCUACAGACUGAGUUAUUUGCUGCAGCAGCAAAUCAGCAGCAGCAGCUGCUGCCGCUGCAGCGCCCUCGAGCUGCUAUUGCUGCGAAAAGCCGCCGCGACUUUUCUGCUGCUACAGGGGCAGCAGAAGCCGCUGCAGCGGCCUCAGCAGCGGCAGCAACAGUAGCCGCCGUGGCAGCAGCAGCUACAGCAGCAGAGGAAGUGUCUCCCCAUCGAGUGGCAGCAGCAGGCGCGAGGCUGCAGGCCCUUGCUGCUAACGCGCUGCUGCAUGCGGAGCAUCUUCCACUGCAGGCGGGGGCGCUGCUGCCUCACUGGCAGCUGCUGCAGCUGCUUCCGCAGCAGCAGCAGCAGCAGCCGCUUGAUCGCAUGGUGACUGCAGCAGCACUGCCGCCUCCACCGGCGCUGCUUCAGCGAACAGCGCCUGCUGCCGCAGUAGCAGCAGCGGCUUCCAGCGCAGCCGUUGCGCAGCAGCAGCAACAACAACAGCAAUCGCAGCAACAGCAAGAGCAGCAGCAACAACGAAGACGAAUAAAAUUGCAAGGAUCUGGAUGGCGCAGUGAGCUAGCAGCGACAAUGGUGGCUGCUGCAAGCAGCGACAGCGGUGCUGCAACGCUGCUGCCCACAGCAGCAGCAACAGCAGCAGCAGCAGCUCGUGUUGCUGGCUGUGUGGCUGAUGAUGGCAGCAGCAGCCUUGUCGGCCUCUGCGCCCUUGAAAUGCAGCCGCGCCCUCUGGCCUUCUGCUGCACAGGGGGCUCUACUUUGCUGCUGCAGGUAUCCAUAUGUUUGCAGCUGCAGCAGCAGCAGCAGCAACAGCUCAACUCUCUCCUCGUUUGUGUCCACCAAGCUUCUCCUCUGACGGAGCCUGCAGCAGCAGCAGCGUCAGCUGCAGCUGGGGACCCUCCAGCAGCAGUGAGCAGCAGCAGCGCAGCAGCAUCCGCUGUAGAAGAGGCAGCAGCAGCAGAUGCAGCAGAGUCUUCUGGGUUACUGGAAGCAGUGAUGGCCAGCAGCCACUGCAGCGUCCUCGCCGCCCCUGCCAGCAGCGCUCGCGCUGCUGCUGCUGUUGCUGCUGCUGCCGCUGUUAGUGCUCCUGCUACAGCAGGGACAGCACCGCGUAAGCAGUGCCUCUUUCCGUUUCUUUCAACCAAGAGGCGCCGAACGGCUCACAGCAGCAGCAGCAGCAGCAGCAGCAGCGCUUGCAGCGGCAGCAGCAGCAGACCGGAGUGCUUCUUCCACUCCAUCCCCGUAGACAGCUGGAAGCGGCGCGCUUCGCAUCCACCUUUGCUGCCAGCAGCUGAAAGCGUGGCAGAGAGCUGCAGCAGCAGCGGCAGCUGCAGCAGGGGGCCGGCAGGCGCUGCUGCUGCUGCUGCUGCUUCUGCUGCUAGUGUGUCUGCACACCGGAAGAGGGGCUGGGAGGCCGUAGUUAGCAUUCCUGUGGGGUUCUCAGGCCCAACGUCGGGCAGUGUCCCGGUGGAGCUCGCUGUGUGCUGCUUGGAGAAGCCCCCAGACGGCGGAGCCCCUGAACUCGUGUUUGUCUCGCCAGUGCGGCGUGUGUGGGUCCGUCCAUCAAGCACAGCCUGA